CCCCUGAGGAACUUCCAAAAGCCAUCCCAUCAAACUCAUCAACUUCUCUGCACCUUUCUAGACUCCUCCCCUCCCCAUCUUCUCCUCCUCCUCCAUUAUUAACACACUUCACAACCUCGGCCUCAUUGAUCUUUCCUUGCCAGCCACAGCCCAGCAGCUUCCCCUCAGUCAAAAUCUUCAUCCAUCGAUCACUGGCCAUCUUCCUUUUUGGGACCAAAUACUAAGGCAUGUCGACCGUUCUAUCAUUCCCUCUGGCCGCUUGCUCCCUGAGGGCUGCUCCGUUGGCCCCUCAAGAGCGGAACCUCACAAGCGCCUUCGUCAAGACCCGAACGUCUCUCAGAUCUGCUAUGCCCGUCUCUACAUCUUUUGGGCUGCAGACUCGAGACCACCACAGAGUGUCGAUGGCAGUGUACAAGGUCAAGCUGAUCGGGCCUGAGGGAGAGGAGCGUGAGAUUGAGGCCCCGGAUGACACCUACAUCCUGGACUCGGCCGAGAGCGCGGGCCUCGAGCUGCCCUACUCGUGUAGGGCCGGGUCCUGCUCGACCUGUGCAGGGAAGCUGGAGUCGGGGUCGGUGGAUCAGUCGGAGGGGUCGUUCCUGGAUGAGAGCCAGAUGGAGAAAGGCUACGUGCUGACUUGCAUCUCAUACCCGACCUCGGAUUGCGUGAUUUACACCCACAAGGAGGAGGAGCUGCAUUGAGUCCCUGCAUCUUUACAAUUAUUAUCUCUCCUUGGCCUGUAAAGAAACUCAUAAUAGAUGGAUUGAGAAUAGUAGAUAUUUGCAAUUUAUGUUAAACUGACGCAGUCAGUUGGUUGAACAAAAACGAUUGAUGUAAAUUGUAAUCCCGCAUGAAUCAUUUGUUAUUGCUAAUGA